GUGGACGAGUACGUGCAUGUAUAAAUUGAAUUUUCAGAAUAUCAAAGCCACAUCACGUAUCUUCCGAGUUGCAGCUGAACUCUGAGCUUGGCACCGUUGAAUUUGCAACCUACGUUUCCUUGAUCGAAAAUGGCGACAGACAGUGAGAAAGUCUCGGAAGCUGUGCAAGGGGCGUUGGCGCAUAUUAAAAAGAACGCUCCUGAAGAGCAUUCCAAGCUCAUUGCAGACGGGAAAUUGAAAGAUGCUAUCACUGCGGCAGCAAGGAAAGCCGCAGAAGAGGAAGUAAAGAUCGCUCAUGAGUUUGCCUCUCAACCAGAACAAGACAUCCGUAAGCGCCUCGCGAAGCAUCUACCAGAAGACCGAAUCAAGCUGAUUGAAGAGGCGCUCACCAUUCCAACGUUUCGCAUGGAAAUAAGCAAGAUGGACAAUGGCAGACAUCUGGUGCAGUUGACGAGAGGAGAAGAGGAGUUCCUGUCAUCCAGGGAGCUGGUAACGAGUGCUGACAUCGAGUGGGCUACAAUUCUUCAGUACGCUAGUGUUGUUGUAGAGGCUGUGAUGCUUGUCAUGCAGGCAGUGGGGAUUGGGGUAUCAGUAAGCAGCAGUACCAUGAAAGCCACCGUAGAAGACACCGCGGAAGCAAUUAUGAGGUCUCCAGCAUUCCAGCAAGCGAUACAGAAGUUUAUCAGUUCUUGGAAAGCGGCAGGGGGCAGUGCAACUAACGAGGCUAAAGCCAUCUUCUUCCUCCUCAAAGAAACCUACGCAGCUGGGUUGCUGUGGACCAUCAUCAAGAGUUUGUGCUCAGAAAUGAAAUGGUACGACUGGUUGGAGACCGCAGCGAAGGUGAGCGCCAUGAUCAUUGCAGCCUUUGCCACAGAGGGAGCAGCGCUAAUUGCAAAGAUUGCUUUGACCGUCUUGGCUGCCGUUGACUUCGCCAGGAAGAUCGCCAAUCUGGUAACACUUGAAGAAAUAAAGAAAAGCCUGUAGAAAGAAAGAGAUCAUGCAGAUUCCAGUAGUGAGCCAGAGUUAAUGAUAUUUUUAGUAAACAGUCAGCAUGCAAGAGAACAUAUGAUUUAAAUCUCCCACAACUAUUUUGGGAAAAGCAAUGCCUAAUUGUUUAAAAGAAAGAGGUCAUGCAGAUUCCAGUAGUGAGCCAGAGUUCAUGAUAUUUUUAGUAAACAGUCAGCAUGCAAGAGAUCAUAUGAUUUAAAUCUCCCACUACUAUUUUGGGAAAAGCAAUGCCUAAUUGUUUAUCGAUAAAUUAGAAUCGAACAAGCCAACAUGAAGCUGAUUAUUUCCUUACGAACUUACCAGGUUUUAGUGGCACUGAGAAUGUUCCUUAUCACACUAGCACUUACUCUAGCGAAUGGACAUUUUGUGACGAUUUCGUGGAUCGACGAAAGCUUGGAAUAAAAAAGAUUUUAUGAACAAAACUUAAGGCCUCGAUUGAUUCGUUCAUUUGAUGGAUUAUUUGUUUAAUUCAGGAAGAAUCAAUCGGAAUGAAACCGAAAUAAUAACAUAGAUUGGAGCAGGAGAAAAUACAACUAUUUCCCUUGACUGAAGAUAAAAAUACAUUGUUAAAUUCCAGGAAAAUCA